AUGCGGUGCCACAAGUGCCUCGAGAGGGGCCACACGAGGGUCACCUGUCCCGGCACAGUGGACAGGAGCGGGAGGUGUUAUCUGUGCGGCGGCACUGGUCACACCUCCCGCGAUUGCCGGUCUGCCCCCAAAUGCCCGCUGUGUGCGGACAAGGGCAGGCCGGCAAAGCACGUCCUGGGCGCACCGUCGUGCGCCCAGAAAAACGUGCGCGGGAAGCCGCCGGGGCAGGGAGCCAAGGAGCAGGCCCCGGCCACCGGUGCUCCCCCCCCGGCCGAAGUGCGACCGGUGGCGGAGAGUAGAGAGGAGACGGGUGGCUCGGCGGAGGAGCCACGACCACAGCGCCAACACAAGUCGCCGGAAGAGAGGGCCUUGCCUCCAUUGGAGGCCAUGGAGGUGGAGGCCCCAUCGGACGGGGGGGACAAUCAGGCCGAGUAA